AUGGCCUAUACGGUCAUCAACCUCAGUCGACGUGAGCCCUACCUACCCACUUUGGGCCCCCCGAGCGCAACCCCACACCGCUGAAACGGACCUCUUUCCUACUGGUCACUACGGACUGCGCAGCAUCCCAUCCCAAUUAUCACACUUUUGCACACCGACUGAGCAACGGCUGGAUCUUAGGUUGGAAGAUUGUACGCGUCGCACCUUUACACUCUGGGCAAGCGAAAAUCCUGACCGAUCCCCCAUCGUACACGCGCGCAGGACAACUCGGACCACCAAUGGUACAAGUUCCGCACGAACCUACCCCUCCUGACGGGCGUCAUGCUCAUCUGGCUCGCGCUCUCCACCACGUACAACCUCAUCGCUCGUCUCGCUACGCCUUCCCCCACCGACUCUCCCUCCCCCACCCCGGCAUCCGAAGCCCGUUCCCACCCUGCCUCCUCGACAUCUCUCCCCCCACGAGUCCCCUUUAUCAUCUUUUUCGCCCUCAUCCUCCUUUUUGGUCUGCACGGUAUGAGUCUCCCCAAGAUGUUGAUCAUCCUCUGGUUCAACUACCGCAUCGCCAGACUCGCAACUUCGCCGACCCUGUCCAAAUCGGUCCCUUGGUUGACUUGGGCCUUCAAUUUGGCCAUCUUAUUCUCGAACGAAGUGAAUGAAGGCUAUCAAUGGGCGAAUCUGUCUCCAAGCUUGCAACACUGGGUGCGUAGAUGGACGUUCGGUGGCUCGGACAGUCGGGUUUCGAGACCCUCAAGCUCAUAUCUUUGAUCAUCAGGACCAAGCCAAAUGGGCCCAGGGUAUCUUGCCCCGCUGGCACAUCAACUGGAACAUAACGAUGCUGCGUCUGAUCUCCUUCAAUAUGGACUACUACUGGGCCGCGAACGUUGCUUCGGGAGAAGCGCAGACGAUCCGAUCGACGCAAGAGGAGAAACUCGAACUGUUGACGCAGAAACUGUCGGCCCCGCCUUUGAACGAUCGGACUCGAGUCACGAAAUCGCACCCGCUUUCCGAUUAUUCAUUCACGACCUACCUCGCCUAUGCUUUUUACCCUCCCUUGUACUUGGCAGGUCCGAUCCUGACCUACAACUCGUUCGUUUCGCAACUCUACCACCCCCCAGCACCAUCUCCAAGAAGAUGCUCCUUGGGUAUACGGUGAGGUUCGUCGCGUGUUUGUUGACGAUGGAGUUGGUGUUGCAUUCGAUGUACGUGGUGGCGAUCAAGGAUGAGGCGAGGAGUGGGGCUUGGUCCGGCGAGAGUCCGUUCGAGUUGAGCAUGAUUGGGUUUUGGAAUCUGAUUGUCGUUUGGUUGAAGGUGAGGGGUAGCUCGUCCAGACCGGGUCAGAGUACAGCCAAUUUCAGCUGACACUUUCGCCGUGCCUUUCCCCUUCUCUCAGCUCUUGAUCCCCUGGCGCUUCUUUCGCCUGUGGGCUUUGCUGGACUCGAUCGACCCCCCGGAAAACAUGGUACGUUGCAUGGCCAACAACUACUCGACCCUCGGUUUUUGGCGAUCGUGGCACCGUUCCUACAACCUGUGGUGCAUCCGGUACCUCUACGUACCCAUCGGAGGAGCGAAAAGGGCCUUGGUCGCAACGUUGACGGUGUUCACUUUCGUGGCGCUGUGGCAUGAUCUGAGCUUGAAGUUGUUGACGUGGGGUUGGGUCAUCACCGUUUUCGUCUUACCGGAGAUGGUGGGGAUGAAGGUCUUGCCCGCUCAAAAGGUGAGUAAGGAUCGGUUCGUUUAGGGGCGUUUGAAAAUCAACUUUUUUUUUUUUGGCUGAUUCCUAGAAUCGUUUCCUCCCCCCUCUUCCCUUCCAGUAUUCGCAUCACCCAUGGUACCGCCACGUCUGCGCCCUCGGUGGGGUCCUCAACGUGCACAUGAUGAUGACCGCCAACCUGAUCGGAUUCGCGAUCGGGACCGAAGGGAUGCAGUACAUGUGGUCGCGCAUGGUCGAAAGUUGGCAAGGGGUGAGGUUCAUCACCCUCGCGAGUGCGUGCUUGUUCGUGGCCGUGCAGGUGAUGUUUGAGUACCGAGAGGAAGAGGGGAGAAGAGGGGUCAGGAGAAGGUGCUAA